AUGUCGCGCUUUCACAUCCCGCUGGACACGGCGUUUCAAGCAACAACGGACGUAACAGGUGGAGGAGGUGGAGGAGGGGCUACUCCGCCCAGUGCCGCUACACCUCCCAACGAGAUGGCUGAGGCCGCAUCGCAACGGGCUCGGCAUGCAGCGUACACAGCAUCCAGGGCAGCGCAGGCAGCGCAGUACGCUUCACAACAGGCGCAAAUGGCCACGAACUCUGCCCAGAAUGCAGUUGCUCAAGUGAGCUACUUGAUGAACAACCCGGACUUGAGAUCCGCAGCUUUGGACGGCGUCCUCUCGGAUGGCUUAAGCAGCUCUCCCGUGCUGCUGUCCCUGUGCAUCUGCAAGGCACACGGACACAGCACGCUUAGCCUGCAUAAGAGAUCUUGCAAUCCACGAGCACCAUUGGACACCCCGACUGUGGGACUCAUGGGCCAAACCCAGAACGUUGAAGAAGGUGCUCCACCCAUCACUCCGCCUGAAGUGGAGGUGAACCGUCGGCGAAAGGACUACCUGCACCGCUUGGGGAUCCAGAAGGAUCAUGAGAAGUUUGCUGGCUACCAGCCUCCCGUUCCACCGACUGCCACCGCUGAGGCACCGGACAGGCUUCAGCACCCAGAGGAAUCGGGGGAGAAAGAGGGCGAGGAUUUUGAAAUGAACGCACUGGACUUGAAGAGUCAAGACGACUUCAGGGUGAACUUUCUCCGCAAGCUUUCCUACUCACAGGUGUGGGUGCCACAGGCGCAGAAGUCACCGCAACAUCAGACGGUGAUCAUCUUCGACUGGGAUGACACGCUUCUGUGCACAUCAUUUCUCAAUCUCCGCCAGGAGCAUGGGCUCUCCCAUGCCGUGGAACGAUGCCUGAAGGAAAUCGAGUCGGCUUCGAAGAAGCUUCUGCAACUUGCCCAGCGCAUGGGCCACACCUUCAUCAUCACGAACGCCAUGAGUGGUUGGGUCGAGUACAGCGCGGCGAAGUGGGCUCCGGGCAUGUUGGACGUGCUUCAGAGAAUUCGGGUCAUCUCUGCGCGCACCAAGUUUGAGCCAGAAUUUCCCGGAGAGGUGGGAAAGUGGAAAGAAAAUGCUUUCUUGGAGGUGCAAAAGCAGCUAGAUAACGAGAUCAUCACCAAUCUGAUUUCCGUAGGCGACUCGAACUUCGAGAUGGACGCCUUGCACGUCAUGGGCAAGCAGUUUGCGCAGGCCCUCGUAAAGACGAUCAAGUUCAGGGAGAACCCAUCGCCAGAAGAACUUCUAAAGCAGUUGGAACUUGUGACGCAGAAGUUCGAGAAGAUCGUGGAGAAUGCCCGCAACCUGAAGAUUGGAUUGGAGAGAAAGUGGGUUGGGAACCCGCAUGCCGCCUGA